AUGGCUAAGCUGUCAUCUAUGAUGGAGAAUGACUGCCACCCCCUACAGGACUUACUCACUAGACUGCAGAGCUCCUUCAGCGGGAGGUUGCUCCACCCUAUGUGUGUGAAGGAGCAUUACCGCAGAUCAUUCCUCCCUGCAGCUGUUAGACUGAGUAAGCUUGCCUCUUUACACAUCAUCCAGUCAUGUAAAAUUCCCAUACACAGGAACAACUUGUUGGCUUGGACACUGAGGAGUCUGGAGAUCAGAAGGCAUAAUAUUUCUCUUAGCAGACAAAUGGCUGCUGACCAUUUGCAAGACUUUGCAGACCGAGGAUCCUAUAUGCGGCCUUUAACUUUUGGCCUGUUCAUGGACCACCAGCACUCUCCUUUCAGAAAGACGCUAAGCUUCCACUUUGAGCAGAAUCACUCAGAGCCAGUCUACAGUCACAGAUACAGUGGGCACUUUUCCUACUUGCACUUCCCCACACACCUGAGCAUGUACGAUUGCUCCUUUGAACCGACGUUCAUCCGUAAACGCAACGAGCGUGAAAGGCAGAGGGUUCGUUGUGUGAAUGAGGGCUAUGCGCGACUCAGAGAUCACCUGCCUCAAGAAUUUGAGGAUAAAAGACUGAGUAAGGUGGAGACAUUACGGGCGGCCAUCAGCUACAUCAAACAUCUGCAGAAUCUCCUGGAGCUUCGGCUGCCAGAUGCCAUGAUGGAGCUGUCACCCGGGAGCAAGAGAGGGACUGAAGCUGUGAGGCAGCUCUCAGAGUGUAACAGUGAUGGAGAGUCUAAACACAGCCUGAGUGACAUCGGGGAGCCAUGCUACUAAACAGACUGCAUGAUACAGAGAGCACAAAAAGCAGCAUGUUCCGUAAGACAUCCAUAAUGAUCAACUAUUCUUUUAUUACCACAUACAAAUAAAAUGUGUGGCGAAGGAUGCUUCUUAUAAUAUAUUUUCCUGAUCAUGUUGACAAUGGUUGUUUCCUAAUUAUAGUCUAUUUUGUUAUCCAGUUACAGUGGAUUUCAUCAGAAACAGAAUAACAUGUAAAAAGAAUUUAGAAUCAUUUUGCUUUAUUUUAACAUGCACCUUAUUGUUGCAUAUUGUUGCAUUAUUGAUCCAUGUGAGUAAACCUGGGUAAGAAAUUGUGGAAGAAAAUAAAAGGGACUGAUAUACAUUUUGUGGGUUGCUAU